UUUAAGCGCAGGGCGGUGGGGAGAUUUCCGAGCGUCCGUGAAGAGGAUUACUCUCCCGACGUUAGUUCGCUGCACCAUCUCAGCUGAUCUGGAGGAUUUUCCUCUGCACGGAUACCAAACGGCGUCAUGGACUUUAACGUGAAGAAAUUAGCCUCUGAUGCCGGGGUUUUCUUUACCCGGGCGAUGCAGUUUACAGAGGAGAAGCUGGGUCAGGCUGAGAAGACCGAGCUGGAUCAGCACCUUGAAAACCUGAUCAUAAAAGGGGACAGCACCAAGAACUGGACUGAGAAGAUCCUGCGACAGACCGAGGUGCUCCUGCAGCCCAAUCCUAUUGACCACACGGGUGCUCGAAUAGAGGAGUUCAUAUAUGACAAACUGGACAAGAAGCUUCCGUCCAAGACCACCAAUGCCGAGCUGCUGGGCCACUACAUGCUGGACGCUGCUUCUGAGUUUGGAGCAGAUACGCCGUACGGUAAAACCCUGGUCAUAGUGGGAGAGUACGAGAAAAGACUGGGAUCAGCAGAGAGAGAGUUUCUCCACACUGCUGCCGCCGGUUUCCUGUCUCCUCUGCGCAACUUCCUGGAGGGAGACUGGAAAACCAUAGCAAAAGAGCGCCGCCUGCUGGAGAACCGUCGACUUGAUCUGGACAUCUGCAAGGCACGGCUGAAAAAGGCCAAGCUGGCAGAAGCCAAAGCGGCGGUUGCACCCGAUUUUCAGGAAACCAGGCCCAGAAAUUAUGUUCUGUCUGCCAGUGCCUCAGCGCUGCUGAGUGAGGAGGUGGACAAGGCAGAGCACGAGCUGCGUGUUGCCCAAACGGAGUUUGACCGCCAAGCUGAGGUUACACGGCUGCUGCUGGAGGGAAUUAGCAGCACGCAUCUCAACCACCUGCGAUGUUUGCAGGACUUUGCAGAAGCUCAGGCCACGUACUACGCUCAGUGUCACCACUACAUGCAGGAGCUGCAGCGAGAGCUUCACAGGUGUUCAAAUGCCUCCACUUCGCCUCAAACCUCUGUUGCCUCCUGUCCAAAACCUGUGUCAUCUGCUUUCCUUUCCGGACCCUCAUCCUCAGGGGACACAAGCUCAUCUCUUUCUGGCCCUAAGGCCCCUGGGGGUUUGGCUUCUGACCAGAUGCCCACAUUGGUCACAGGUGCAAGAAAAGCCAAGGUCCUGUACGACUACGACGCCCAUGAUGGCAGUGAGCUCUCCCUAUUGGCCGACGAGCUCAUCACUGUGUACACCGUCCCGGGAAUGGACCCUGAUUGGUUGAUUGGAGAAAGAGGAAAUGAAAAGGGGAAAGUCCCUGUCACCUAUCUUGAACUGCUUAGCUAGUUGGGGAAAAAAAUAGGAAAACGACUACACGCACACACACAAGUACACACCCACUCAGUUGUUGUAGUGUAGUUUGAACGCUGUCUCAGCAGCGCUUAUGCAAACUUGUCAGUGAGUGUUUACAGGCUGAAGCUGUUGUGCCCUGACACGAGUCGUCGUUGAUUUGCUGGUUUUCAGAUGUUUUCUCCGUGUGUCCUGUGCUGUUCGAUUGUUUUUUUUGUCUAAAGACUCCAAGACCCACAAACUUAUCUCUCUGUGUAUCUUUUGUUUUUUUUCAUUAAUAAAUAUAAAUGCGUUACCUUUUAGGAUCUCUCGUCAGUUUCAUCACUCUGCUCCGUCAGUGCUGUCAUUUUUAUUUCCUAGGCGUACACACAUGCAGAAGCAGUUGUCGAAAAACCCGAUUUAAAAGGGGCUGGUCUUAAAACUGGGCUUGUAGUCCUGUGUGUGCUCAAAAUAUCAUGAUAGA